CUGAUACAUGGUGUCCUAUACUUACUGACGAUCCCCUCUGGGUAUUUGCUGCUGGUCAUUUUUUCAAUCUGCAACCUGAAUGAUGUUUCAUGGGGCACAAGAGAAGUGCCUACAAAGACCCAAAGAUUGGAAAUGGAGAGGAGAAAAAAAGAAAAAGAGGAAGAAAAGAAGAACAAGCCAAAGAAAGAUUUUCUGGCCAGGAUAUUCAACAGGGGAGAAGGUGAAACAGUUUUGUCAACCAGCAGGAUUGUAACUUUGUGCAAGUUGGGGCACUUUUGCCCCUUGCAUAAAUUUAAUUAAAAUGCAUUAGUUUUGUAUUGAUAUCUCAUACAAUAAAUGACAUUUGAGAGAGGGAAGUGCCUAUAGUUAAGAUGAUGUUUUAUAAAAGUUAAACACACGAUAUUCAUUGUUUUUACAAUGCUGUUAAGUUCAAAAUUUAAUUAAAUUAAGAACAUGCAGCAAGAUCUUAAGAAGCUGAAUUAUUUUAUUUUUAAAGGGGGAUUCACAAGCUAUCCAUGUUAUUUGAAGAUCCAUCAUCCAUUGAAAUGCAUUUGAUCAAGCCACCUUUUUAUUUGUGCCAUCCUAAAUCAUCUCUAUAAAUAUUUUAUAUACAUUUUAUCUCUACACGAGUUAAAGAGGUUAUGGAAUACUGAAAAUAGUUCUUUAAUUGUUAUUUUGAAUGUAUUUGCAAUUUAUAAUAAUAGUACUCAAGCAUAUAUUAUAUACACUUAAACUUAUAAUAAUAAUACUCAUUAGAUAAGACCCAUGAAAGUGCACCUUCAUUUUUUAAUGUUAUGUCUUAUAUUUACCAGAACACCUGAAAGAAUUAACCAACCUGGUAAAAAUUUUGAUACCUGAAUGUAACCAACAGACAAAUCUUGUGACUGGUGAGAUGUCUGACCAAACAGUUAUUAACUUACUGAAAAGUAUUGAGGAGAAACUAGCAGUAAGUAGUUUUAUUUAAGAUUUAUUAAAAAUGUGUGGUGCUUUGUAGGUAUCCAUCCUGGUUGAAUGAAAAAAAUUAACAAUAAAUUAAUAAUUUUAAAACAUUUCUUCCCAAAAUUGUAUCACUCUACUUACCUGCGUAAUGUAAUUUUAUCACUCUACUUACCUGCGUAAUGUAAUUGUAUCACUCUACUUACCUGCGUAAUGUAAUUUAUUUACAAUCUAUGUCCUUGGAAGAAAAAAUUUCAUAAUAAUAAUUAUAGAAUUAAUUGCAUUUUGAUCUCUAUUUUUAACCUUUAAAAACACCCUAACCCCUAGCCUGGUAAUUGAAUGGGCCUACAAUUUUCUGUCUGCUAAAUAUCUAAAUCAGUUAAAUUCUGUGUCUGUGUAUUUUUGCGGUCAACGACUUCUUAUUAGAAAUGGAUGCGUUUUUUUAUGGUCCUUCUUCAGGUUUUCCCUAAAUUUAAAAAUAAAAAAUGUGUUUCCCUAAAUUGAGUAUACUGUGAACACUAAUCAGUCACAAUUUAUAAGCACUGUUGUGCCAAAGUUAUAUACUAAUAUUGAUAAAUUCAUCCCACCCUGCCAGAAAAUGGUUCCCAAUGAAGGCACUCUUGCACAGGUUGUUGUUGAGCAGCCUCACGGCAGCAAGCCUCAAAUAUCACGACACUCUUUUGACAUUCAUCGAACCCUGCCCAAGACAAUAGAUGAGCCAGAGGUUGAGCUGCCUCACGGCAGCAAGCCUCAGACAUCACGACACUCUUCUGACAUUCAUCAAACCAUGCCCAAGACAAUAGAGGAGCCAGAGGUUGAGCUGCCUCAGUGCCCAGUAGCUGAACCAGCAUUAGUAGCUGUCAACCCAGCAGAACCAGUAAGUUUUUCUGUAACAUAA